AUGUCCAAACCCGACCAAAUCCCGGUUCGCGAGGAGAACCUAGGUCUCCUCGCCGGCCACCUCUCUGACGCCGAGAGCGACGCCGAUCUCUUUGAUGAAAAAACUCGACUCGCCUCUUCCUUCUCCCUCUUCUCAUUCUGGGCCCGCCUCCGCCUCGUCGUCUUCUCAUCAUGGCGGCCGCUCCUGCUUCGCCUCGGCAUCUUCCUCCUCCCCAGCUUCCUUCAGGGCCGCCAUGUCCGUGAGCAAAUGAUCCGUCCGGCACGCCUCGCCCCCACGACCUACCUCGACGGCAUGCGCGGCCUCGCCUCUCUCUUCGUCUUCUUCUGCCACUACUUCUACCAGGCCUUUGUUAUCGCCGAGGGCUGGGGCGCUGGUGACACCAACUACCACUUCCUCAAGCUGCCAUUCAUCCGCCUCUGGUACCAAGGCCCACCUGCUGUUUGCCUCUUCUUCGUCAUCUCCGGGUACGCGCUCUCCUACCGCCCGCUCAAGCUCAUCCGGAGUGGCGCCGGUGCCGACGCCGCCAAUGCCAUCAGCUCUCUCGUCUUUCGCCGCGCCAUUCGCCUCUACCUGCCCACUGCCAUCUCCACCUUUCUCAUUAUCUGCCUGUUGCGCGUCGGUGCAUAUGAGUGGACGCGAGAGUUUGCCAGGGACAGGACGUACAUGAAGAACGUUGUUGAAACUCACCCCGAACGAAUGGAGUUUGCCUCGGACCAGUUCCUCGAUUGGGCCAUGCACAUGUACCGCUUCGUUCAUGUGUUUGACUGGAACAAAUAUGGUGGUAGCACCUCCUACGAUGUGCACCUCUGGACGAUUCCCGUUGAGUUCCGCUGCUCACUGUAUCUCUUCCUGGUUCUCAUCGGCACCGCCCGCCUGCAGACUCGGUUUCGCUUCCUAGUCGUCGGCGGCAUCAUGUGGUUCGUCUACACGCAUUCGCGCUGGGAGCUGCUCCUCUUCCUCUGUGGCAUGGCCUUCGCCGAGAUGGAUCUGAUCCGCGGUGCCCACAAAGCCCCAACGGCCGCGGGCUCCCCGUCUUCCGACCUGCCCCUCCGCGACGGCGCCGCCCCGCCGCCCCGUCCCCGCUGGAAGCGCGCUUUCUGGGGCGCCCUCAGCAUUCUCGGCCUGUACCUCAUGUGCCAGCCUGACCUCCGUGGCGACAUCACCCCCGGCUGGGUCUGGCUGCAUCGGCAGAUCCCCUCGUGGUGGCGCGAGGAGCCCUACCGCUACUACCAGUCCCUCGGCGCCGUCGUCUUUGCCUUUGCCGUCGGUUACUCCCCAUCCUGGCAGGCCUUCUUCAACACCCCCGUCGUCUACUACUUUGGCAAGCUCUCUUACGCCAUCUACCUCAUGCACGGGCCCGUCAUGCACUGCGUCGGCUACCACUGGGAGCGCAUGGCCUGGGCCAUUACAGGCGUCGAAGGCUACUGGUACAAUGUCGGCUUCGUCCUCGGCGCCGUCUUUUGCAUCCCAACCGUCGUCUGGUCUGCUGACGUCUUCUGGAGGGCCGUCGACAUUCCUACAGUCAAGUUUGCCAAGUGGGUGGAAUCUAAAUGCAUUAUCAAGGCGUAA